CUCUUUUGGAAACAAGUACAAGAAAACUUCGGUGGUUGUCUAUCACGUUUGUUCCGUCACUGCCUUUAAUAUGAGUGGAUUUCGCCUUCUUGACUUAGUAAAGUUCUUCUUGCCGGUGUUGCCCGAAGUCGAAUGGCCCGUUGAAGCCAUUUCGUUCGACGAGAGAAUUGUCUUCACUGUGGGAAGUGGUAUCAUUUAUCUUGUAGGACAGAUUCCUAUCUAUGGUUUGGUGCCUAACGCCCAGUUCAAGAUCGAGGAUCCUUUCUUCAGCUUCAGAUCAGUGUUUGCCAUGGAAAAAGGCACCUUGUUCGAAUUGGGAGUCUUGCCUGUUGUUACUGCAGCCUUCUUCUGGCAGUUGGCUGUAGGCUUGAAGUUGGUCAAUGUCAACUUGGGUCUCAGAUCUGACCGUGAGUUGUUCCAAACCGGUCAAAAGUUGACCAGUUUCGUUCUCGCCAUAGUCUAUGGUGUUGGACUCAUCUAUUCCGGCUACUACGACAACGCCAUCCGUGGCUAUGAUCCUUUAUCUGACUCUACUCCUUAUGGCUGGUACGGGUUGAUUCUCUUUCAGUUUCUCUCGUGGUCGUUCAUUAUUACUCUUAUCGUAGAAGUGUUUGACAAGGGAUAUGCCUUUGGAAGUGGAGCCUUGUCGUUCUUGGCCUUGCAGACUGCUACCAACUUGAUUGCCGAACUUGUAGGUCUUGAGAUUUUCCCAAUCAACAAUUCUAACAAGUUCGAAAGCUAUGGUGCACUCAUCAACUUCACAAGAAACUUUAGCUUUGACAUUUCCAAGAUCGGUACUAACGUCUACAACUCGUUCACCAGAUUGCAGUUGCCCAACUUCACGCUGUUCUACAUCACUGUUGCUACCACCCUUGCUGUGGUCUACUUGCAAAACUUGAGAAUCGAACUUCCUAUCAGAUCCACCAGAGCCAGAGGUAUGAACAACGUUUUCCCAAUUAGAUUGUUGUACACUGGAGCUUUGCCAGUGUUGUUUGCUUAUACUGUUAUCGCCAACAUCCAGUACUUUGGCUAUCUCGCUUACGUUGUCUUGCAAAAGGCCAACGUCUCUAGCUUUGCACUCUCCAUAAUUGCCAGCUUCAACUUGGACUCAUACUCCAACCGUUUGAACUUGACAUCUGGAGCCUUGUACUUCUUCUCCAGUUCCCCAUCGUUGUUGAGCACUAUUCUCUCGCCUAUCAGAACCGUAGUCUACUCUGCCACCGUCAUUGUCUUGGCCACCUGGUUCGCAGAGAAAUGGAGUUACAUCUCCGGCUCGGCUCCAAAGGACAUUUCCAAACAAUUCAAGGACCAGGGGAUCUCUAUUUCCGGUAAAAGAGACAUCUCCAUCACCAAAGAAUUGUCUAGAGUUAUUCCAGUCGCUGCUGUCUCAGGCGGCUUCAUCUUGGCUGCUAUUGCUGUAGCCGGAGACCUCUUGGGAGGCUUGGGUAAGAGUGCUGCCACAAUCGUAGGUGUUUCUGCUGCUUUCAGUGUAUUGGAAGAGUUCAUGGUAGAAUACCAACAAAAUGGUGGAGCUUCGCAGCUUUCCGGUGCUUUAUCCGGUGCUGGCUUCUUGUAG